AUGAAUAACAAUACUUUUCGUAAUAAUAUUAGGAGAUAUAUUUUGGAAGAAGGUGGCGAAGACAAGUACAUGGAUAUUGAUGUUGAUGCUGGUAUUGAUCUGUUUGAUACUACCAAAUUUAACUAUAGAACAUUAUUCGAUGAACGUGUGAAUCAAAAUAUCAGCCGUACAGAAAUGGUGUUUAAAUUUUUUGGAAUUGAAAAUAUAUCUGAUGUGGAUACAGUUCCUCAAAAGCACAAGUGGUAUUUUGACGAUCACCCAGAUGAGUGGAAAGUCUUAUUUAUUUUCUUUUGUGUUAUGCAAUCAACCGAGUACGAAUUUCAAGGCAAAGAUGGAAAUUUGCUAAAUCCCGAUACUCUUCAUAAUAUUGUCCGAGUGAGGCUACUGACAACCUUCUAA